AUGUCUCAAUCGCACUUCGUCUCUAACCCGUUCAGUGCCAACGGUGGCGGCAGCAGCGUCAACCGCAUCGACGAGGAGGAGGAGAACGUCACCUCGCCCACAGACCCCGUCAGGCCAGAUGCCGGCAGCAGAGAGGUCCCCAGAAGCACAUACACCACCAACGCCCACACCAAUACCAAUACCAGCAGCUCGGCAUCGUCAGCUAGCAACAUGUUCGGGGCCAGUCCCUUUGGCAGCGCUGCCGGCCAGCACCAGGAAGCAUCCAGCGGAUUCCCCAACAACUACUCCCUGGGCCGCCGCACCUCCGUCUCCGCCGAGUCCCUGAACCCAACGACCUCGGGAACAGACAGCUGGACCCCUCCUCACCACCCCAAGAGUCCCGCCCAGCUGUCCCGUCUGCAGGCCGCGGUCUCAUCCAACUUCCUCUUCGCCCACCUGGACGACGACCAGUUCAAGACCGUGCUGGAUGCUCUCGUCGAGAAGCCCGUGCCGGCCAAGGACAUCAAGGUCAUCACCCAGGGAGACGCAGGCGACUUCUUCUACAUUGUCGAAUCAGGCCAUUUUGACAUCCACAUCCACCCUUCCGGCACUGCUCAGCCAGGUGGUCUGGCCGGUCUAGGCGCAAAAGUCACCUCUAUCGGGCCGGGAGGUGCAUUCGGCGAGUUGGCUCUGAUGUACAACGCCCCGCGUGCAGCUACAGUCAUCUCAACCGAACCAUCUACCCUCUGGGCCCUGGACCGCAUCACCUUCAGACGCAUUCUAAUGGACAGCGCCUUCCAGCGUCGACGCAUGUACGAGGCCUUCCUGGAAGAAGUGCCAUUGCUGUCGUCUCUCAAGCCAUACGAGCGCUCCAAGAUAGCCGAUGCCCUGGACACCGUCAAGCACCCCAGCGGAGCCACCAUCAUCGCCGAGGGUGAGCCAGGGGAGUCCUUCUACCUGCUCGAGUCCGGCGAGGCGGUGGCGUACAAGGCCGGCAUCGAGGGCCCCGUCAAAGAGUACAAGCGCGGUGACUACUUUGGUGAGUUGGCGUUGCUGGAUGAUAAGCCUAGACAGGCCACCGUCGUCUCCAAGUCGGAGGUCAAGGUUGCAAAGCUCGGUAGAGAUGGCUUCAAGCGUCUGCUUGGGCCCGUGGAGGAGAUUAUGCGGAGAGAAGACUAUGGCACAGCCAGUGCCACGGACUCGGAGGCCGGUAAAGAGCAAAAGGGUACCUAG